AUGGCGUCUCACUGCCUCAUGUUCAACACAUCCUCUCCACUCUGGUCCUCCACGGGGAGGAAGAGCAGAGGGGCGGGGCGAGAGAGCGCGUCCGACUGGGCUGUCCAGCUGCUCUGAGUAGCCGCUGCCUGGAACCCGCCAGCGCUCCGAGCCUCGCCCGCGCUUCUCGCCGACCCCUCGGGCCCCCGCAGCCCGGGAAGAACGCCACUCCGGGCCGGGCGCCAGCUCCGCAAGGCGGACCUGCAACCCGGAAAGGCGGCGCGGCGGAGCCCGGAGCCGGAUCCUGCUCGGACCUGGCCCCCGUGGGCCGGCACCGCGGGCAUGUCGGAGGCGCGCAAGGGGCCGGACGAGACGGAUGAGAGCCAGUACGACUCGGGCAUCGAGUCUCUGCGUUCUCUGCGCUCCCUGCCCGAGCCCACCCCGGCCCCGGCCUCCGGACCUUCGGACAGUGGCGGCCCCCAGCCUUGGACCCAUCCUCCGGGAACAGCCAAGGAGCCACAGGAGAAGGAAGAUACAGAUGGGGAGCGAGCUGACUCCACCUAUGGCUCCUCGUCGCUCACUGAGCCCCUGCCCUUGUUGGGAGGCACGGAGACCGAGGACCCAGCCCCACGCUCUCCGCUCCCCGCAGCGGGAGCGCUGAGCCCUCAGCAGCUGGAAGCACUCACUUACAUCUCGGAGGAUGGAGACACGCUGGUCCACUUGGCGGUGAUUCACGAGGCCCCAGCCGUGCUGCUCUGUUGCCUGGCUUUGCUGCCCCAGGAGGUCCUGGACAUUCAGAACAACCUUUACCAGACAGCACUCCAUCUGGCUGUACAUCUGGACCAGCCGGGUGCAGUUCGGGCCCUGGUGCUGAAGGGGGCCAGUCGGGUGCUACAGGAUAGACACGGUGACACGGCCCUGCAUGUGGCCUGCCAGCGCCAGCACUUGGCCUGUGCCCGCUGCCUGUUGGAGGGGCGGCCAGAGCCGGGCCGAGGACCACCUCACUCCCUGGACCUCCAGCUGCAAAACUGGCAAGGUCUGGCCUGUCUCCACAUCGCCACCCUGCAGAGGAACCGGCCACUCAUGGAACUGCUGCUGCAGAACGGAGCUGACAUUGACACACAGGAGGGCACCAGUGGGAAAACAGCCCUGCACCUGGCUGUGGAGACCCAGGAGCGGGGUCUGGUGCAGUUCCUGCUCCAGGCUGGCGCACGCGUAGACGCCCGCAUGCUCAAUGGGUGCACACCCCUGCACCUUGCGGCAGGUCGGGGCCUCAGCAGCAUCUCAUCCACUCUGUGCGAGGCAGGUGCCGACUCCCUGCUGCGGAACGUGGAAGACGAGACUCCCCAGGACCUGGCUGAGGAUCCCUUGGCUCUUUUGCCCUUUGAUGACCUGAAGAUCUCUGGGAAGCCACUGUGCUUGACUGAAGCCAGGGCAGAGUCUGGGGCCCCGGAGACUCCACCUCUUCACAUCCGGAAGCCGGAGCUACAGCUGCUGAAGUCUGGGCCCUGA